GCGGGGCCGCGCCGCCGAGGCGCCGGGCCGGGGUCGGGCGGGCUCUGCCACCGCGGGCCUCCGCCGAACGCAGGCCGGCGCUUCCUGCUCCAAACGGGCGGGUGUUGGAACGGGAGUGCUCAGCCUUCCUCCCCGAGGCAGGCUGGCGCUGGCGGUGCGGCCCGGGAGCGCUCGGUGCGCUCCCGCCGCCAGCACGUGUGACAGCCGCGGGGAGCCCCGCCGCUGCCCUGCCGCUGCUGCCCGGGGUGCCGGCCUGCUGUGACCUUGGGAAGCGGAGCCACGGCCUCCCCACGCGGGCUAUUGCAAGGAGCAGCGCUGCCUUCUGGGUUUGAGGUUUGGAUUUGCUUUGGAAGUCAGAGAGCAGUUGCUGCCUCGUUCUACCUACGUUCAACUUUUAAUAUAGUAGUAUUACUGCAAACAGGAAAAAAAGGAGACAAGUAUCUCCAUACCUAACUGGAAACGGGAGACUUUGCUCUGAAAUAAUUGAUAAACAAGUGUGAAGCAUGAGGAUCAACUCUGCUGUUCAGGCUGCUAUUGACCUCACAGCAGGUGCUGCAGGUGGGACAGCCUGUGUGGUGACUGGCCAGCCCUUUGACACUGCAAAGGUGAAGAUGCAGACAUUCCCCAACAUGUACAAAGGACUUGUUGACUGUUUUGUCAAAACCUAUAAGCAAGUGGGAUUUCGAGGCUUCUACAAGGGAACCACACCAGCACUUGUAGCCAACAUUGCAGAGAACUCCGUUCUGUUCAUGUGCUAUGGAUUUUGCCAACAAAUUGUGAGAAGAAUUGUUGGAGUAGACAGGAAAACAAAGCUCAGUGAUCUACAGAACGCUGCUGCAGGCUCCUUUGCCUCUGCCUUUGCCACCCUUGUCCUCUGUCCCACAGAGCUGGUGAAGUGCCGGCUACAGGCCAUGCAUGAAAUGGAGUUGUCAGGAAGGAUAAUCCAGGGACACAAUACAGUUUGGUCAGUAGUGAAGGGUGUUAUCCAAAAGGAUGGUCCCCUUGGAUUCUAUCGUGGCCUGUCAAGCACUUUGCUGCGGGAAGUCCCAGGCUAUUUCUUCUUCUUUGGAGGGUAUGAACUGAGCCGGACAUUCUUUGCCUCUGGGAGAUCAAAAGAUGAAUUAGGUCUCAUCCCUUUGUUACUAAGUGGAGGUUUUGGAGGCAGCUGUCUGUGGAUUGCUGUGUAUCCUGUGGACUGUGUCAAAUCUAGAAUUCAGGUUCUUUCAAUGGCUGGAAAACAAGCAGGCUUUAUGGGAACAUUUGUAACUGUUGUGAGAACUGAAGGCGUGCUUGCCUUGUAUUCUGGACUAACGCCAACUAUGAUCCGUGCAUUCGUGGCCAACGGGGCACUGUUCCUUGCCUACGAGUACAGCCGGAAACUUAUGAUGAAACAGAUAGAUUCUUACUGAUACCGCCUAGCAAACGAAGAACAAGAGAUUGUUUAAGGGUCAUUUAAAUAAAUGAUGAAAAACA